AUGGAAAUAGAAUAUCUUGCAAUUACUCGAAAUAAUAUUAUCCUAGCACAAAGUGCUAGUGGUGAUGGUGAUUUCGAUAUAGCAAUUAAUGAAAUCCUGAUAUCAAAAGAUCUCUCAAACGAAAGAAUGAGAGUGGACAAGUUGGGAUAUCGAUUUUUCAUUCUUCAUAAUAAAAAAGAAUUGAAUGUUAUUGCUGCUUGUGAUGUGGAUGCUCAAGCAGAUCAAGCAUUUCGUAUUUUAGAAAGCAUUCAAAAAACAGUCUUAACAUCUUAUGCAAACAAAUGGGAAGUUUCAUCAUCGUUUGACCUACAGAGUGAUUUUGAACCACAACUAAGAAACACAAUUCUUGCGCAUUCAAAGACUUUACAAAUUCAGCCAACAGAAAUCGAUGAUUCUGACCAAAUACUGGCUAAUUUGGGAAAGUCAAUUGAAUCAGAUCAUAAAAACGCACAGAAUGAAAAUACAUUUACUGAAGUCUCUGAAGCUCAUAAUUCCCCAUCAUACACACGUCUAAAGCUUAAAUUAUUCGUUUCUAAGUACAGAUGGAUCUUCUUAUCAAUAAUUAUCCUUUUCAUUCUUUUGAUCAUUUUAAUUAUCAUGUUUAUUACGCCAUAA